CAACGAACCGGUCGCGAAACGUGCUUUCUCCCGUGGCGUGGCGGAUUCAGAAACGGUCCUCUGGACUAUAGGACUAUGUGGUGUGUAUUGCAGUUUUUGCAGUUACUAUUUUUGGAAUACUACAGAGAGCAUUUGUAGCGCUCUCUACACAUAUGUACAAAGGUCAACGACGAUACGACGGAACGGACGUUACGCAUCCUGAUGCGUGAGCUGUCUUCGGAAUCGGUUGUACGACGAAAUCAGCUGAUGCCGAAUGCGAAAUCCAUCAGCGGCCUCUAUUCUCCGACGGCUAAAAAUGAGUUCGAUUGCGGUUUUAAACGUUCCAACAACGACGGCACCCUCAAACGAAAUGGAGGAAGAAUUUUCAAUCAGUGUGGUGCGGAAAUAGUUUCAACCCGAAGUCCUGCAGAUGGCGCUCGCGCGUGUUGAAUAAGUGAGAAAAAUAAACCGAAACGGAAAGUUUUUAGCGGAAAUAUAGAAAUAUAAAAAAGGGCAAGUGUUGGAUGAGAAGAUCUAGAGAAAAAAAACGACAAGUGAACUGCUAAAUCGUAGGAAAAGAGAUUCAACGGAAAAAAUGGCGCAAAACGUCAGCUUGCUGUGACAGCUUCUCAACCACCACAGUUGAGGGCAGCGUGUUGAGUUUGGUUAAAGUAAAUCCAAGUUGGCUUUGAUAUCGGCGAUGAAGACCAAGGCUGGCGACAGGAAAGCCAUAGUUUUGAUGUGCGGGUUAAUUAAAAAUAAUUGCUUGUUGAAACGAGUGGCAGUGGUUUACUAAUUAGGAGCAGAAGUUUAGUGGUGAGAAAUAGGGAACAAAAAUUUGGAGCGGAAGUUUAUUUUUUUGGCUUCAACGAGACGUGCAAAGAAACGCAACAAUGCUAGCGAAAUUAGGUGUAAAUAUAGUGAUACUGCUAUUUUUAGGAAAAGAAAUCAAAGCCAGCUGGGAGGAAUGGUGGACGUACGAUGGAAUCUCAGGACCCGCUUUCUGGGGAUUGAUCAACCCGCAGUGGAACAUGUGCAACAAAGGUCGCCGCCAGUCACCCAUCAACGUCGAGCCGGAUAAGCUGCUGUUCGAUCCCUAUCUCAGGUCGCUGCACAUCGAUAAGCACAAGAUUUCCGGCACACUGCACAAUACGGGACAGUCGUUGGUGUUCCGGGUGGAUAAGGACACCAAACAGCACGUGAAUAUCUCCAGCGGGCCGCUGGCCUAUCGGUAUCAGUUCGAGGAGAUUUACUUCCACUACGGGACGGACGAUGGGCAGGGAUCGGAGCAUCACGUCCAUGGGUACAGCUUUCCUGGGGAGAUUCAAUUAUACGGCUUCAACAAGGAACUGUACCACAACAUGUCCGAGGCGCAGCACAAGGCCCAGGGCAUCGUGGGGAUCUCGCUGAUGGUGCAGAUCGGUGACACGCCCAAUCCAGAGCUGCGAAUAAUCACCAGCACCUUCAACAAGGUCACCUACAAAGGUUCUUCCACGCCGAUUCGGCACAUUUCGCUGCGGUCGCUGUUGCCAAACACCGAGCAGUACAUGACGUACGAGGGGUCCACCACUCAUCCGGGCUGCUGGGAGAGCACGGUAUGGAUCAUCCUGAACAAGCCGAUCUACAUCACCAAGCAGGAGCUCUACGCACUGCGGAAACUGAUGCAAGGUUCGGAACAGACCCCGAAGGCUCCGCUGGGGAACAACGCGAGGCCACUGCAGGCGCUUCAUCACAGGACGGUGAGGACGAACAUUGACUUCGCCCAUACCGGAGCCAAUAAGAAUCAAAACUGUCCCACCAUGUACAAGGACAUGUACUACAAGGCGAACCGCUGGACGGAUGUCGCCUUCCGGGGCCGUGAACGUGGUCUUCCCGACAUCGACUCGGUGUUCCAUUCGAUCCCCUAGUGGAGCUGGAGCGGGGGUGGUGUCGGUGGCAGCAGCGGUUCCAGCAAUCGCCUAGGUGGCAGUGUUGCCAAAUCUCCCCAAUGAAUCAGCCAGCCGCGAUGACAGCUCUAGGGGUCUGGGUAAGUCCUUCGGAGACAUUUGUCUACUCCUUUAGCUAGGCAUUCCAGGAUGAGAUCGAGCGGUCACGUGUGUAAAGUGUAUGAUGAAUAGAAAGUAUUCCUAUUUUUAUGAAGAACUGAUGAUGGAUGGACGUCGUAGAAAAUCUGGAUGAAAAUAUGUACUGUUACUAGAUCUCUAUGACUGUAAAGUGCGAAGGAGAUUCCUUCUCUAAAAAUAUGAAAUGCCAAACAAAAUAACCACUGAUGCAAAUGAGACAGAACUUAACGAGGAACCCCUUUUAGGGGUGGACAAUAAUUCAAAUAUUUAACAAAAAUGUAAACUUUUUUAACAAAUCAAUUUCACCAACAAUCACAUCAAUUUGCUUACAAGCAGAGCUGUCAAAUUCCAAGAUGGCGUUAUUUUUAUAGCAAAUUCCAAGCAAGCCUGUUCUGUCAGUCCACCCUCAUUGUUGCUUGAAGCGCUGAUGGCAAAUCCGCUGUACAUAUUCAUUAACCUAAAUUUACUGUGAAAUCAGUAUAGAACAAUACGAACAACUAGCAAAAAGUGCUUCUACUGAAACUAACAUGAAAAUUUAACCUUAAACAAAGUAACGGAAGCCUAAAACGAAUACAUCUAAACAACCAAAAUAUAGAAGAAUUUUUAUAACGUGAUGCCUAAACAAAUACUAAAGUAAAGGAAGCAUUAGUUGUACAUUUGCAAAAGAGUCGUUGUUAUUAUGGGUUUGCAAUUUUAACAAGCAAAAGUAGGCGCUAUAAUUAACUGUCUGUAAAAAGUUACACUCAUAAUCGAAUCCAACCAGAUAAAACAAAAAAUACGAUCAACCAAACGUAACGAAAAACUGCUGCGACAAUUACGACGAUGAAACAGCGAAAAGACCAGCCAAACUAAGCUGGCGUUGAGUUGUUUCGUUUCCUCUGACAACCGGAUGCUUGAUGGGUGUGAGCGUGCGCAAUUUGUAAACAAACCGAAGCAUCUGUCAAUCAAAACCAAUCAACGUGCAUCAAUUAGAAUUGUGUAUUGCAAAGCGUGUUACUUAAACAAAAGAAGAAGCAAACCUAAACAAGUGCUUGACGAAGAGUUGCCAACUCUUACGAUUGCUGUAUACUAAACACAAACACACACAGAAAAAACGAAAGACAAAAUGCAAUAUUCUACUACAACCAUCCACGAACAUGAAAUUACCCAACCAUGUAACCGACAAAGUAUUGAAACCACUCUCCUAUAUACCAUUUUUCGAUGCAAACAAAGCAACAGGUUCAAAACAAAUCAAAUUAUUGAAUUUAUUUAACCAAAACAGAUUCAAUUGGAGAAACGAGAACAAGCAAAGCGAAUAAAAGUUAUUAACCAUU